AUGAGUACUAUUAGCUGGAAUUGCCGUGGGCUUGGGAACCCACAGGCCCAACAAUUCCUUGAAGACAUUUGUGUUCAAAAGAAACCCAAGUUUUUAUUUUUAUGUGAAACCUUAUGUAAAAAAGAUGUAGUGGAUCGUGUUAAGACCCGUUUGGGUUUUGAAAGUUGUUUUUCUGUAGACAUCCAGGGCAGGAAGGGUGGCCUAGCUUUACUUUGGAGAGUUUCUGACGAGGCCCAUCUUCUAAGCUACUCCCACAACCAUAUUGAUAUUGAAGUCAGAAUCCCAGGUAUGGUAAAAUGGCGUCUCACCGAUUUCCAUGGAGAACCGAAUCGGAGUCUUCGAGAGCGAACAUGGAAUCUCAUUCGCACCCUGUUCUCGGACUCAAAUCUCCCUUGGUGUAUUAUUGGAGAUUUCAACAAUAUUGCAAGUCAGGAGGAGAAAAGGGGAGGGCGCCCGUACCCUUCGUCCCUCAUCUCUGGUUUUCAAGCAGUCAUCAAUGGCUGCCAGCUUCAUGACCAGGAAUUGCGAGGUUAUCCCUACACUUGGGAACGGAGCAUGGGCACGAAUAGAAGUGUGGAGAUCAGACUUGAUAAAGCCCUCACAUCUCAAAGCUGGCUAGACGAAUUCCAAGAGGUAAUUCUUACAAACCUGGCUUUCUCUUCCUCAGACCAUUCACCCAUUUUUUUGGAGCCUGAACCUAAUUGUCGUGGUGUUGUGGUCAAUCACUUUCGGUACGAAAAUGUCUGGUCCCGUGAGCCUUUAUGUGCUCAGAUUGUUAUGAACUGUUGGGAUUUACACAACCAGCUUUCCAUUGUCGAAAAAAUCAAGAUUUGCAGUCCACAACUUGCAAAUUGGGGCCAAACUCUUACUGGCAAUUUCAAGCAGCGCAUCACAAAGAGUAAGAAGCUGAUGGCUGAGCUGAAAAAUUCUGAUGACCAUCUUGAUUAUCCUAACUUUGUUUCCGAAAAGAAUAACUAUUUUGAGAUUUUAGCACAACAAGAAAUCUACUGGAAACAGAGGUCGAAACAAUACUGGUUACAUGCAGCCAAUGCUACUUCUUGGUCCUCGGUGGUAAGUGGUAUUAGGUGCUCUGUAAACACUUUCCAAAAUGAGGAGCUGUUGAAACCAAUUCUUGAUGAUGAGGUUAAGGUUGCCCUGUUUCAAAUGCACCCCGACAAGGCACCUGAUCCUGAUGGUAUGGGCCCCAAUUUUUUUCAACAUCAUUGGGGUAUUGUGGGAGCCGAUAUUGUGAAUAUGGUCAAAGAUUUUUUCGUCUCUGGGACAUUGCAUACUGGUCUCAAUGAGACAAAUCUUGUUUUGAUCCCAAAAAAGAAGAAUUUUUCAACAAUGAGUGACCUUCGGCCCAUUGCACUUUGCAACGUCCUGUAUAAAGUAAUUUCGAAAGUGCUAGCGAACCCUAUGCGUGGCCUUAUUGAUCAGAUUAUAUCCGACACUCAAAGCACUUUUAUACCGGGUCAUCUUAUUUCAAAUAAUGUGAUGGUUGCUUUUGAGGUGAUGCACUACCUAAAGCGAAAAAGGAAAGGCAAGAAAGGUUUUAUGGCCCUAAAACUCGAUAUGAGCAAAGCCUACGAUCGUGUCGAGUGGGGUUAUCUCCAGGCUGUCAUGGUUCGUAUGGGUUUUCAUGAGAAAUGGGUUGAUCUCGUUAUGACUUGUGUCUCCUCUGUGCGGUACAAUAUUAUACAUGGUGGCCACGUGAUGGGUCCUAUCUGUCCUUCACGAGGGAUUCGGCAAGGUGAUCCUCUUUCCACCUAUCUUUUCAUUAUUUGUGCUGAAGGAUUGUCCUCCUUAAUUCAGAAAUUUGAAGCUAAUUGGGUUAUUCAAGGCUGCCGUAUGGCUCAACGAGCCCCUUCAAUUACUCAUAUGUUUUUUGCUGACGACAGCUAUUUAUUUUGUCAAGCAACCAGGGGUGCUGCUAAAAGUAUGCUUACUCUGCUUCACCUGUUCGAGACUGCCUCUGGUCAAAAGAGGAAUACUUCUAAGUCCUCAGUUUUUUUCAGCCCCAAUACUGACACUUUAUCCCGGAUUUAG